GCAAGUACCAAUCUCUAUUCAACAUUAUUCAAUCGCCUCUCGUUUGGACCGCACGCGAGCUCUCGCCGCUCUCCGGCGACACUUUGGUCGCUGCCGAUCGCUGCAAGGAGAGCUCCCGAGCGCGGCGUUACGCCGACAGAUUUCCCGGCCCCUGCGUCGCUGGUCGCAACGCCUGCAUCGUGAACUUUCUCAACCAUCCCCCGAUUCUACACACAACACUCGUCCGCCAUGGCGGACGUCAGCCGCAAGCGCUCGCUCGACGGCGACGACUCUGGCCCUUUUGCGCGGAAGAAGAUGAAGCCCUCCGACCUUCCCCUCACGCAGGCCCAGCGAGUUACCAUCGACAACUUGGUCCAUACCUUUCGCAAGAAGGGCGAAUAUGAUGCUUUGCGCAGACUCGUCAUGUCGCAAUAUGAUGCGGAUCCCGCCAAACCCGCGUUACUCUCGUCUCUGGAAGAGCUUGUCGACCGCGAGACCGAUCGCAACCCCUCUCUACUGUCCAAAGACCCCCGAAUAGCUGCGACACUGCUAGAAGGAGCUGGAGAACGCAGCGAUAUCUACAAGCCCGUCCACGAAACCGUUGCAGCGAUGAUUAGCCAGUUGAUGGACACUCAAGGUCUUUCUAAAAUGCGCGAAUAUCGAGUCAAGGAAGUGGGAGAGGACGCCGCCGCCGAAGAGGAGAAACGCGGAAGCAAAAGCGAGGAAGACUGGGCUAGAGAGGCAGAGGAGCGGCGACAAGAGCGAGCAAUCGCACGAGAGAAAGAGCUGGAGAAGGAGCGUGAGAGAGAGCGAGAAGAGAAGCAAAGAAGAGAGGAGCGCCGUCGCCGUGAGCGCGAAGAAGACGAGGCUCGUGAGAAGGCACGCCAAGAACGUGAGGAGCGGAGACGCAAGGAACGAGAGGAGCGUGACAAGGACGAGGAAGAGCGUAGACGUCUAGACAGGGAUCGCAUUGAGAAGGAAAAGGAGGAAAGGCGCGCUCGACGUAAGCGGGAAGACGAAGAGAGGGAAGCUGAGCGAGAAGCUCGCCUCAAGAGGAUACGUGAAGAAGACCGCGAACGAGAACGGCGGUUUGAGCUCGAGCGCGAACGUCACCGAAGCAGCCGAGCUCGCAGCAGAACCCCAGAUCGUGAUAGAGAAAAGGAGAGGGAUCGCGACAGGGGCAGGCGCAGGAGCCGGACCAAAUCCCCCGAGCCGGUCAAACCACUCAAGCCUGAAGACAUCAAGGUCGAUGACGACUUAGCGCUCCAGUUACUUCUCCAGGAGAGCGAAGAGAUGAAGAAAUCACGAAAGAGACCCGUCCUUGAGCGAUCCGAAUCUUUGGAACCACCUUCACGGAAAGCGCAACCCCCAAAAUCGCUCGUUCCACGAGACCCAGUUGCCGCCCGGCUCGCAGCUAUCGGGAGCAAAGCUCAGUCACCGGCAAAUAAGUCACCCAGCAAACAAGAUGCCAAAUCAGCCGCCUCCCCCGCCGCUGCCACAACGCCCACGAUCGCUGCCAAGGACGAAGACACAAUUAUGGAUGAUGCCCCGCCGGUCAAGUCCCCUGAACCACCCCGGAGGUCGAGAUGGGACCAGCCGCCGCCAUCUAUCGUUGAGGAGAAGCCUCGCGGUCGUUCGCGAUCCCGCAGUGUCAGCGUCCGAAAUCGCAGUCGAAGCCGUUCCCGUUCACGGGGUAGCCGCUACGAUAGACGAGCUUCCCGUAUGGAAGAAGACCGCCGAUCUCGACGAGAUGACGAUCGAUACUCCUACAGGGGUCGCGAUGACAGCAGGCGCCGAGAUAAAGACGACCGCGACGAUAGGCGUUCGCGGCGUGCCGAGCGGGACCGAGAAUCGCGACAUAGCCGCAGUCCGUCUAGGGAGACAUACUCCAGUCGCCGCAAAUCCCGCUAUGAGUCUCGUAGUCGAUCGGUCCAUGAUCGUAGGAGAGAUAGGCAUCGCUCCCGCUCACGCUCCCGCUCCCGUGGAGCUCGUCGAUAUCGCGAUCGCUCACCGCCGCCUCGGCGCCGCCAUCGCACACGCUCCAGGAGCCCAGAUGGCAUCGACCGUUAUGUUCCUGGUGGAGCUGCUGCAGUUGCUGCGGCUAGUCGCAAACGUGAAGACACCCCCGAGAGAAGCUAUCGAUCGCGAGAUUACGACCGCUGGGAUGGCGAUAGGGGUGGUAGAAGCCGGCUGGCAGACUCGGACCGCUAUCUGCCUGGUCGCGAGUCUACCGAUGAUGACCGAGAUCGCGAUAGGGACCGCGACAGGGACAGGGACCGCCACCGCGACCGGGAUCGCGAUACUCGGAGACGCGAUCGCAGCAGAUCCAGGAGCCGCACGCGGAGAAGGAGCCGGAGCCGUAGUCGAGAGCGCCGCCGGUAGACGUGUGGUUGUUCAACUUAGAUCAGUGUAUGACUAUUACUUUCUUUUGCACGGCCGCUCCAGCGACGUACGGCCUACUUUCAAGGGGCUGGAACAAGGGAUGCGCAGUAUCCUAACAGCGGCGGCCACGCUCGGCCUUUUCGCGUUAUGUUUCUUCUAAUACGGCGAAAGCAUGCGCUGCUACUUAGCUUUUACAUCCUUGCGAUAGCCGUAGUCAAAACCGUACUGUUUAAUUGGAUAUGUAUUCACCUCACUGGGGUUAGAAGCCGG